AUGUACGUGUUUGGUGGAUUGCCACUAUUCUACAUGGAAUUGGCUUUAGGACAGUUCCAAAGGAGCGGAUGCAUCUCGGUUUGGAAUCGUAUUUGCCCCUUCUUCACCGGUUUGGGCUACGGAAUCUGUAUUAUCGCAAGUUACACCGCCUGGUAUUACAAUACCAUUAUUUCCUGGGCUCUUUUCUACAUGUUCGACUCAAUGCGAUCGCGUCUACCGUGGGACAGUUGUGACAAUUGGUGGAACGACCCGAAAACGUGUAUUACCGUCUACCAGAAACUCGUUACCGGCACAAAUGACACUUCAGCCGACAAUCUUCUAAACAUCACCCGACAUGCUGUUAAUACAACUGGCUACUAUUCGUCCACCGAGCAGUAUUUCUACAACCGGGUGCUUCAAAUUCAAUAUGCUGAUGGAUUCAACAAAAUGGGAACCGUUCGAUGGGAGAUUGCUCUUUGCCUCAUGGCUGUUUUCACAAUCGUCUACUUCGCUCUUUGGAAAGGCGUCAAGAGUAGUGGAAAAGUAACACAAUUAUAUAAUGUUGAAAGAUACAUAUAUAUCUUUACUCUCAAUAUCUCUCAAUAA